UCUUGCAUCGGCGGGACGCGGUAUGGCAAGGUGUCCGCGGUUUUGGUCCUGAACGUUGAAAUGGAACGUAAAACGCAAGUAUUAAAGAGUGUUUAACUCAGUAUGUGUGUGUGUGUGUGAAGAAAGUCUACAACUUCAGAAGUGGGAUAAAGAUCCGUCUUGGACUGUGACGACGAAAGAAAUGUGCGAAGAGAGCGAAGCCUAAAGCCAACUACGCAGUACGGAAACAUGGCAGACGGCAACAAGGAAAGUGAGGUCUCGGAGGUUCCAACGGCGGAACUUCUGCGCAUGGUUUUGGAGAAAGAUAAGCUAAUCAUGGAACUACUACGAGAACGGACAGCUGACCCGCCAGCUACCUGUGUCAAGUAUUCAAGUCAUGCCGGACUUAAGCAAGGGAAUCAAAGACUUCAACGGGGAAGGCGACUCAUCGUUAGCCCGCGACUGGAUUGAAAACUUAAGGAGUACGGCGGCUUUACAUAAAUGGCCAGAAGAAUUUCAGCUCGAAACAGCAAAGUCCCAUUUGAAUGGAGCUGCGCUGGACUGGUACCGCAGCCGAAGGAGCAAGAUGACGUCAUGGAAGGAAUUCGAAGAACGCUUCACGAGGACUUUCAUAAGUCAAGCUAACGCAGCAGAGAAGUUCAGGCGCAUGAAAGAGAGAGUCCAGCAGCGGAAUGAAAGCACAGUGGCUUACUUUCAUGCCAAGAUUCGAUUGUGCACGGAAGCAAAUCUGGAUUUUUGCAUUACCAGAGAACAAGUACUGGUGGGAUUGCGAUCGAGGCAGUUAUGCAGUCCGCUGAUGGCACGUGUUCACGACGAUGAGGACGAUUUAUUGCACGACAUUCAAGAGUUUGAACGGGUAGAGCGAGAGCGAGAUGAAAGGUUUGGCGCUGUCCUCAAGAAGCCGACGCAAGACAAUGAAUUACGUAGCGCAGAGGCGAAAGACGGGAAAGACGUGCAACCUCAAUCCGGAGGUCGAGUCGUCUCAACGGGAAAGGACUUGCGUCCUCCACUAAGAAACGAGGAGGGGGAUCCGAAGUGCUACAACUGUAACGAGUACGGACAUGUCGCCCGAGACUGUUCAAGGCCCAAACGUGCACUUUUGUGCCUUAGAUGCGGAAAAACUGGUCACACUCAGCGUCACUGUUCAGACUUCGUUAAGAGAAAUGAGACCAACGUUGUGGGAAAGCCAUCGGAAGAUGUCCAGCAACCACAGGUCCUCCUCAAAAAAGUGCGUUGGAAUGGGAAAGCGAACCUCGUGGGAAUGAUCGACACUGGCAGCUCCGGCUGUCUCCUACGCAAAUCUGCUGCAGAAUGUUGCGGCGCCGAGGUCCAGCUUGAGGCAGCGCCCCUUUAUGGUUUUGGGAAUAGCGCUGUUCCAGCGACAAGAACAAUUGGAAAGUGUACCGCAGAUCUGGAAAUCGAUGGAGUUGUGGGCAAGAAUGUUUCUGUCCUUGUGGUACCAGAUCAAGCCCAAACAGUGGACUUGCUUGUGGGUCGCACGUUCACGGAACUCCCAUAUAUAACCUACGCGCGCAUUGGGGGAGUAUUGCGUUUCUGGCACAGAGACGACUGUCCGUUUUCACAUUUGGAGCCUGACCAGGUAAAUACUCAACUGCGGCUGAAAGCGAAAAAAGAUGAGCUUUUGCAAGAAGGUACUGUGAACUGGAUUACGUUGACAGCAGACGAGAAUCUGAGUGGUGAAGUGUCGUACAGGCAGUGUGGAGAGGAAUACUUCAUCGAUAUGCAGCAAGGUGAGAUAAAAGUUCCUGUCGUAUGUACCGAAAGAGGAGGCACUAAGAUCAGAAGAGGUCAGCGCAUGGGAAAAGCGGUACUCUUUGAGCCUGAUCAGAGUGGCGAUUCAGGGGAGAGCCCCUGCACAGACUUUAACCCUGCGGAAGAGGGCACCAGUGCGAGCGACACGCUUCUGGUGACUGAGCGGAGAUUGAUAGAUCUCGGAGAGGUGAAGGUUGGACCAAUAGUAGACGAACAACAAAAAGCAGAACUGGUUGACCUUCUGAAUGAGUAUCGCCAGUGUUUUGCGAUGAUUCCAGAGGAGCUCGGUUGCACGAAUGUGCUGGAGAUGAAAAUCGAAGAGAUCCCUGGUAGCACACCGGUGGCCGUAAGACCAUACAGGGCAAGUGCGAUCGAGAGGGAGAUGAUCCGGAAGAUUGUGACUGAGUGGAAGAGGCUGGGUAUCGUGACUGAGACCCAUUCACCAUAUGCAAGCCCGGUCUUGCUGAUUGGCAAGAAAAAUGGUGAACAGCGCCUGGUGGUGGACUACUGACGCUUGAAUGCGCAAACUGUACGAGAGAAAUACCCACUGCCGAACUUGGAUGAUCAGUUGGAGGGGCUGGCUUGCGCGUCGCACUAUACCGUACUCGACCUGGCUCAUGGGUACCUACAGGUCCCUUUGUCUGAGGACGCCAAACAGAAGUCCGCUUUCAUAACGCCAGACGAGACAGGACAAUUUGAACGAAUGAUGUUCGGUUUGACAAACGCUCCGUCCGUUUUCCAACGUCUCAUGAACAAGGUGCUUGGGCCUUUGAGAGGACCAGUGGCUUGUGUGUUACCUAGAUGACUUAAUGAUUCCUGCUACAUCAUGGUGUGAUCUGAUCGAUAGGUUAACUAAGGUUCUACAAGCCUUUAAGGAAGCAAGAUUAACUCUGCGACUAAGUAAGUGUGCGUUCGCUAUGGAAAGCAUUGAGUACCUGGGAUUUCGCAUCAGUAAAGGGAUGGUUAUGCCAGGAGAUCUGAAGGUUAAGGCUAUCACCCAGUUUCCAGCUCCGAAGGACGUCCACGAGGUGAGGCGAUUCUUGGGACUUACGAGUUUCUUCAGGAGGUUCAUAGAACACUAUGCAACUAUUGCCGAGCCACUGACGCAGCUUACGAAGAAAGGAGCUCCUUACGUCUGGGGCCUUGAGCAAGAACGCAGUUUCCAAGAGCUGGAGUCAAAACUUACACAGAAGCCGUUGCUAAAGCUCUACGAUCCGACUGCAGAGACCGAGUUGCACACGGACGCGUCAGCAAAAGGGCUGGCAGGAAUGCUACUGCAAAAGAGCGAUGAAAAGUGGCACCUUGUCUAUUGUGUAAGCAAAAGAACGACAGAAGCCGAGAGUAAAUAUCACUCGUCAAAACUGGAGUUGAUGGCAAUAGUUUGGAGCGUUGACCGCCUGAGGCCACUGCUUCUCGGCAUACACUUUACAGUCGUCACGGACUGCCAGGCUCUCGUAUACAUGAAUGCCAACAAAACACAGAAACCUCAAAUCGCACGUUGGAGUGAUCUGAUACAGGAGUACGAUUUCACUGUCCGACAUCGACCGGGGACUGAUAUGCAGCACGUUGAUUCACUGAGUCGCGAGCCGGUCGAAGAGCCUUCGGACACGCUAGACAAUGUUCUCGAGGACUGUUUCGAAGUAUGUUUGACAUACAGCAUGGAAGAUCAGAUCCUUGCCCUACAACGGGGAGAUUGUGAACUGCGCGAGUUAUUGGAAAUUCUCGAGAGGCCCCGUAGCAACUGGACCAAAGAAGAGUCAACUCGUGUGAAAGACUACAUUACAGUGGAUGGUAAGCUGUUGAAGGUCAUCGUCAUAAAUGGCAAACAACACAACCGCUUCGUGCUUCCCAAGUCUCUACGCAAAGCCGUUGUUGUACGAUGUCAUGACUUAAUGGGGCACUUUUCGGUAGACAAGACAGUGGCUAAGAUCAAGGAAAGGUUUUGGUUUCCUCGAAUACGUGCUUACGUAAGAAGGCACAUCUCAAGAUGUUUUGAGUGCAUCGCUAACAAGGUACCAGGAGGAAGAACGGAAGGUCUACUUAACCCCUCCAUAUUUUUCUUUCUUUUCCAAUCCAAUCCAAUCCAAGGUCUACUUAACCCAAUCUCGCCAGGCUCAAGAACCUUUGAGACUGUGCAUGCGGACCACCUAGGUCCCUUUGUGACGAGUAAGCGCCGAAACGAAUACCUACUUGUCAUGAUCGACAACUUAACUAAGUUUGUGCGACUCCUCCCUGUCAGGAAUACCUCAACGAAAUGUGUACUACGAUGUAUGGAGGAAUAUAUCCUAGACUAGCGGGGACUAUCAAAGACCCUAAUAACUGAUCGAGGGUCGUGCUUUACAUCGAAAGCUUUCGAGGAGUUUUGCAUGGAAAGGACCAUAAGGCACGUCCUUACUUCUACGCGACGUCCGCAAGCUAACGGGCAAGUUGAGCGAGUUAAUCGAACUGUGCUACCUGUGAUUGCUUCGUCCAUGCGGGAUCCUGAGCAGAGAGACUGGGACGAGCGAAUCAAGGAGUGCGAGAGCUACCUAAACAACGCCGUUAGCAAGACGACAGGUAGAACACCGUUCGAAGUACUGCAUGGUUAUAAGCCUGAUUUCUACGCUCUUGCAUUACAACGUCUUUCUGGAGACGACUGCAAGGAAUGGCAAGAUCCCAAAGAGAUUCAAGCAGCAGUCCGAGAGCGGCUGAUUCACGAACAACAGAAAAUGAAGAUGGCCUAUGACAAGCGGCAUUACCCGGCCCAUCAAUAUGAAGUUCGAGAUCGUUGGCGAGAUCUUUUUCAUGCGGACUGCUCCGCGCCACACAGGACAGUCAACCAAGACGCAGCCAAAGUUUCGAGGCCCCUUGGUUGUAACUGAAGUCCUCCCAUCUGACACAUACAGAGUUUCAGCGAUAGGCAAGUCGAGUCAUUUCCGAACGACUGCCCAUGUGUCACAGUUAAAGGGGUGGUCCAUGACAACUAGAUCCUCCCAUCAGCUCGAUGAUGACUCUGAUGAUGAUGAUGAAGGAUCAGCGGGACCAGCAUCAGCCCCUGAGCAACUAAUCCCAGAAGCAUCCGCAGAAGACAGGGAGCACCGCCCCAGACGAACAAGACGACUUCCAGCAAGAUUUGGAGACUUUUAAACUAUAGUUGUGUGUGUGUGUUAAAGAUUUCCCGUACAAAGGGAUAUAGCCUUUAUAUAACCUACCUAUAGUUUUAUAUAACCUUUUCCUAUUCGCGUAUUUACCAUUUAACUGAGGAUAGUUACGUGUGGCAAUUUAACGGGGACGUUAAAUCUUUCAGAAUGGCCGAGUGUAGUCGUUUUUAGUUUCUUCCCAUACGCGAGAGAGAUCCAGUUGUAUGUUGAAGCGCCUAUAGAUGACAUCGGAUACGCUAGAGCGCCAGCGAAGUUGUUUGGGUUUAAAGGGCUGUUGAACGUUGGACAUUGAACGGAAGAAAGUGAGAGUCGCGGUCUUGCAUCGGCGGGACGCAGUAUGGCAAGGUGUCCGCGGUUUUGGUCCUGAACGUUGAAAUGGAACGUAAAACGCAAGUAUUAAAGAGUGUUUAACUCAG